CACUAUGUAAGCUUGCUCAGGUCAAAACUCCAGGCAUAUCAUAUCUUGCUGGCUACCCACUGGAUACCUACGUUUCACUUGCAUUCUUUUUCCCUCGCUCGUACCCAGAUCUUAAGUUCAAAGACGUGCAUUGUCUCUGACCUGAGAGAGUUCUCGAAUAACGAUUACUGUGCCAUAACGAUUGAGAUCGAUACUUGAUCAUUAGCUUGCCUGAAGCUUGUAAAGAUAUAAUUUCCACAGAAAAGCGAACAAUAGCGAGAGAUGGCGUCCGCGAGAAUCGAAAAGACCAUUGCGCGACAACGGCAGAAGAUUGAGGAAGGCCAGUACUAUGAAGCGCACCAGCAGCUCCGGGUCAUUACGUCGCGAUACAUCAAGCAAGAGAAUUAUGCUUCCGCUAUUGAUAUCCUGUCGUCUGGUGCCCUGGCACUGCUUAACGCUGGCCAGGGCGGUAGUGGUGGAGACCUAAGCAUGUUCUUGAUGGACGUCUACAACAAGGCUGAGCUGAAGCCGGACUCAGGCAACAAAGGAAGAUUAACGGACCUGCUAAGAGCAUUCCCUGUUGAGGAGCCUACGCGAAAGCGUUUUGUCAAUGAAAUGAUCAGCUGGUCAUCUAAGUUUGGCGAGUUCGCGGCUGGCGAUCCAGAGCUGCACCAUGUGGCCGGUACGCUGUAUGCAGAAGACCAAGAACCGUACGAUGCUGAAAGACAUCUCACUCUUGGUACAAGAGACUCCGCUGAGGUUUUGGCCCGUUUGGAGUAUGAGUGGUAUACCCAGGACGAGUCUCACACUGCUGGUCUCUAUGCUGCGCGAGCAGUCUUCCCGUAUCUCCUUGUGGGCAAUCUCCGCGCCGCCAAUAAAGCGUUACUUCUAUUCACCAGCCGGCUCAGCCAGUCAAGCGGUAGCUUAGGGGUGCAGGAAGUGAGCAGCGCAAGUUCCGAUGUGCGACUCUAUCCAAGUCUGCCGCUGCUAAACUUCCUUUCACUUUUGCUUUUGGCUGUGCAGAGAGGUAGCGCCGAUCUCUUCAGGCAGCUGAAGACACAUUACGCUGUUCACAUCAAGGAUGUCGGCAUCUGGGAUGAAGCCCUCGAGCAGGUUGGGGAGAUGUACUUUGGUAUUCGAAUUCCGAGACCAGGCAAUCCGCUCUUUGAUAUGAUGGGAAGCUUGUUCAUGGGCGGCGGUGCCGGUGGCUCGAAUAGUGGAAAGCCAAAGCAGAAAAAGGUUGAAAGCCCCGCGCCACCUGCAGUCGACCUUGACUGACAUUCUUGACUAACAUUUUGUUUGCCAUUCAUCUUCUUUUCACAUUUCUCGCAAAGCCCAUGUAGUUCAUGGGAAGUUCUAAGCGUAUAGUACCGUGCCCGGGUGUGAUGCAAUAUACAAAUAUUUUCUUAAUCCAAAAUAAUGCAAAGAAAGAAAGGG